AUGGAUUCCGUUGCACCCCAGCCUCCGGCUUAUGAGAAUGAUAAGAUUGGGCAGCAGGAGCAUGAGGCGAAGCGUGAGGCGGGUUUGGAGGAGGAUUUGAAUGCUCUUAAGCAUGGGGAGGUUUCCGAUGCGUUUGGUAAUGAGGAAUAUGCUGAGAUUAAGUAUAAGACUUUGAAGUGGUGGCAAUGCGGUCUUCUCAUGAUUUGCGAGUCUGUCUCGCUGGGUGUCCUAUCACUACCCAGUGCCGUUGCUACUGUUGGUCUGGUUCCUGGUGUCAUCCUGAUUGUUGGCCUCGGUCUUCUCGCCACCUACACCGGAUACAAUAUCGGUCUCAUGCGUGAGCGAUACCCUCACAUCCAGAACCUAGGAGACGCCGGCGAGAUCCUCCUCGGCCCAAUUGGCCGUGAAAUCUUCGGUCUGGGCCAAUUUCUCUUCUGCAUCUUCGUAAUGGGCAGCCACAUCCUCACCUUCCGCGUGAUGAUGAACACAAUCACAAACCACGGCACCUGCUCCAUCGUCUUCGCCCUAGUCGGCAUGCUUCUUUCCCUCGCCCUCUCUAUCCCCCGCACAAUGAAGGGAAUGACCUGGAUCUCCUUCGCCUCCUUCGUCUCUAUCUUCAGCGCCGUAGUUAUCACCAUGAUCUCUGUCGGCGUCGAGUCCCACCCCGGCCGCAUCAUCCAAGCUACAACCGAAACAAGCCUCUACCACGGCUUCCAGGCUGUUUCAAACAUCGUCUUCGCCUACUGUGCCCACGUCGCUUUCUUCGGCCUCAUCGCUGAAAUGGAGUCUCCGCAGGAUUUCAAGAAGUCCCUUUUUAUGCUUCAGGGCUUCGAAAUCUCUCUCUACCUCACCGCUGCCGUUGUCAUUUACUUCUACGUCGGUAGCGAGGUUUCUUCUCCUGCCCUUAGUGCUGCCGGUCCACUCAUGAGCAAGGUUGCCUACGGAAUUGCCAUUCCCACUAUCGUCGGCGCAGGUGUGGUAAAUGGUCACAUUGGUCUUAAGUACAUCUACUUCCGUCUCUGUGCUAAGUCUGGCCUUAUGCACCAGCGCAACUUCAAAUCCAUUGGUAUCUGGAUUGCUCUCGGUGUUAGCUGCUGGGUCGUUGCAUGGAUCAUUGCCGAGGCUAUUCCCGUCUUCAGUGAUCUGAACAGUUUGAUUAGUGCUCUGUUCGCUAGUUGGUUCAGCUAUGGUCUUAGCGGUAUCUACUGGCUACACUUGAAUAAGGGACAGUGGUUCUCUUCUCCUCGCAAGAUUGCUCUGACUGUGCUUAAUGUGGCCAUUGCCCUCUUUGGUUUGGCACUUUGUGUGCUGGGUCUGUAUGCUUCUGGUACUGCUAUUCAUGAUGAUACUAGCAGUUCCAGCUUCUCCUGCAAGAAUACUGAUACUUGA